AUGAAGGCUUUGACUCUUGUUUACAAAGACCCCAACUUCAUCUCACACAUAAAAGCUUUAUGGAAGUACCUGUUACCGUGCUACUACUGGGGAAUGUGGAACUGCAGAAAUAACCUGAUAUUUAGAGAUAUUCAAGCUAAUCCCUCUCAUAUUGCAUCUAAUAUCGCUAGAUAUACCAUGUUUUGGACAGGGGCUAAAGAUGAUAGGCUUGCAAGGCGGCUUCGAAGGGCAGUUCACAAUCAGAAGUUGCAGGAUAUAGCCAAGGAAAAUAUAGCAGGGGAUAUCAGUGACAACUUCUCAAAGAUACCAGGCUCCGGUGGAGACUUGAGAUAUUGUCAAAAGUUCUCUCAUUAUAAACCUCCUCGUGCGCACCAUUGUCGUGUUUGCAAAAGAUGUGUUCUGAGGAUGGACCAUCACUGUGUCUGGAUAAAUAAUUGUUUUGGGCAUGCAAAUUACAAAGUUUUCUUAGUUUUUGUGUUGUAUGCUGUGAUUGCCUGCAUUCACUCUAUGGUUCUUCUCUUUGGCAGUGUUGUUCAUGAUAUGCACAAGGAUCAACAGCAGAAUGGAGGCUCUUUUAGGACAUCAUAUAUUAUUUGUGGUGUUUUGCUUAUUCCCCCUACAUUGGCGUUAAGUGUUCUUUUGGGUUGGCAUAUCUAUCUGAUCUUGCAUAAUAAGACAACUAUAGAGUAUCAUGAAGGAGUGAGGGCCAUGUGGUUGGCAGAAAAAGUUGGAAAUAUUUAUAGACAUCCAUAUGACCUUGGUGUCUAUGAAAACCUAGUUUCGGAUCAAGGAGGAAGAAACAUGAUGCUUCAAUAA